CAAUUUGUCGCAGAUGAAACCAUAAUGGUGACGCUUAGCCUGGUGGCCUGCCUAAUUUUUUCACUCUCAUGGCGGACCACGCUUACCACUUGCCGCCAGACUGUCGCCUCCCGAAGCAUCAAACAAUCCUUGGCGGAGCAACUGUUGAGUUACAUUGACCCUAAGGCGCGCCCCUGUGAGAACUUCUACCAGUACGCCUGUGGCAACUGGCUUCAGCAGCAUCAGCAGCACCACUCUCCGCACCAUAGGCAUUGGGCAAGGUGGGUCAGAGGUCGUGAACACUACCAAACCCAGCUGCUGCCGAGCCAUACUUUAGGUUUGAUAGACCACUCCGUAAACAAGAAACUUGCACUCCUGCUGAGAAACAGAAAUGAAAGCUCCUACAUUUUAGAGCAGAUGCGGCUGUAUUAUCGUUAUUGCAAACGCCUUAAGCCCUACAACUUGAAGAAAUAUAUUAAUCUACUGCCGCCCACCAACUGCACGCAGUGGUCUGUGGGUCGAGGAUGGAGUCCGGAGCGAUUUGAUUGGAUAUCUACCUUAGGACGUCUGCGUCUACACGGCCUAAACGGGGUCUUGUUGAGAGAGGAUGUUUUGCCGAGAUGGGACGACUCGCGCAGCUACAGCAUAUACGUGAACAAACCGAGUCGUCAUGAGACUUUGCCAAUGGGCCAGGGAGCAAUGAUCGAAUUGCUUCUAGAUAUUGGUCUAACCAAGCGGAAGGCCAACGCCUUAGCUCGGAUGGUGGAUGAUUUCGAGCGGAAAUUGCACCGACUGCAAGAGCUGGAGGACGACGAGGGUGCGCACGAAAUGCAACUUGGCUACCUGGACACUUACCUACCUCAGCUCCGAUGGCUAUCUUUCAUGCGUCAGUUGAGCAUUGAUUUCGAUUUGGAUCUGCACUCUACAUUGUUUAUUGAAAAUAUCCCCUACCUUAAGGCUCUCUGUAAAUUGGUAGAUGAAGAGAGUCCGGAUACCGUCUGCAAUUAUAUUAUGAUUAAAUGGUUGGCUUUCCUCAAACAAGAGGGUCCUUCCGAUAUAUCGCGGGACGGGUGCAUUGCCAGCCUCAGAAGGGCUAUGCCCCUGACUAGCAGUUGGCUAGUUGGUCAGCAAUUUUCUGAUCCGGAGUCCGAGUCUAACGUCCGCUCUUUGUUUCAGCGCCUCAAGGGGCGCUUUGCGCAGAUCUUGGCGAAGAAUCAGAUGAGAUUAUCGCAGCCAAUCUUGCACAUUUUGCAGCAGAAGCUGCAUGCAGUGCGCAUGCAGUUGGGAUUUUUUCAGUCUGAGGAAAUGGAAUACGUUGAGCAAUACAACGACCGUGUCAAUCUGAGCGGUCAUUCCUUCUAUGCAAAUCAGCUGCUGUUGCUACGCCUACGCGUUGAGGAGAACCAUAAUCUGCUCUCCUCAAACUUGACAAAUUCUACGAGGAGCAGCAUCAGGUAUCUGACAGAAAGCUGGGAGGCAAGCAAUUCGUCUCCUCUAUAUAUCAGACCCCGCAACCUGCUAUUUAUACCGUACGGUCUCCUUCAGUUACCCGUAUGGCAUCGCAACAUUACCGACCUGCAGCGGUAUGCCGUGAUGGGUUUUGCCUUAGCCCAUGAAAUGGCUCAUGGCUUCGACUUAUCUGGAAUGGACUAUGAUGCUCAGGGAAACAUAAUAGGCCCAGUUGAAGAGAUUGGGGACAACAGACAAUUUCAACUAGGGCUAAACUGCCUACAGCAGCAGAUGACCACCGGGUCAAAGUGGAUUGACGAAACACUGGCUGAUUAUGUAGCACUUCGGCUCACUUAUGAGUCUUUUUUCGAUUCGCGGGCUGACACACAAAAGCCAAGUGAUUUGGUUAAGCCACAGUUCAGUCAGCGGAAACUUUUCUUUAUCACAUUUGCCCAGAUAUUUUGCGGCCGGACGGCUGUCAGUACCAUGACCUCACAGUCCGAGGAUCAUUUAAAGCAUGCUGUGGAUGAGUUGCGUGUGAUGCAGACUCUGGCAAAUUUUGAUGAAUUCUCAAAAGAGUUUAAUUGCGAUACAAGGCACUCUGUCAAGAUGCAGUUUAGCCCUCAGUGUCGUCUUUGGUGAUUGCCCAUUAAAUAUUUCCCAACAGAUUCAAUAUACACUCUAAAAGUAUUAAUUAUAAUAAAAAUAUUAAAAAAGUUUAAAGUAAUUAUGGUAGGAGAAAAUUAUAGUGUGCUAAAUGAUAGUGUCGUCGUGAAACAUUUUUACGUUUAGAAUCCAUAGGUAUUGGCAAAUAAAUAAUAUUAUUUAACCAAAACGUAAA